AUGAUAGUAAAGCUGCGAAUUUCGAAACACGUUAAAGAGCGUAUCUGCAACGCGGAAUUCAGUGACUCUUCUUUAAAGACCGGAGAACUUUACGGAACCAUAUGCGAUGGAAUCCCGACGGUGGUUGGAUUUGCCCAAUUAUUCAAAGAAAGUACAUCCCAGGAUGGAACUGAACCACCACACGAUAACACAUUAAUCCAGCAGAGUUUGCCAAGUGGACUGGAUCUGAUCGGAUGGGUAAAAGCCGGGCCGUACGAGGAUCCGACCGAUUUCCUUCUGAAGUCGGCUCCAGAUGCAUUCGUUACGGACAAUCCCGUUUAUUUGCACUACACUGGCGAGAAUGGCGCGGAUGGGCUGCAGACGUACGUAUUCGAGCAACGAAAGCUGCAAUCCGUGGAAUGCAACAUAAUUGACGACGAUUUUCUCUACCGCGAGUACUAUAUGCUUCGUCUGCGUUGUUCGCUGUCGUUGGUGUGCGAACAGACGGAAAAAUCCGUUUGCGAAAAUGCGUUUCGACUCCGCAAGCAGGUUGGAUCGGGCAGUGUGGCCUUCACCGUACCAGCGGCACCAGACGUAAUGCUGAGCGAUUACGCCGUUACAGGCAUCGACAAGGACGAGAGCGUAGAAAUGCUGUACGCAAUGGCGAACGCUCCGAAACGCGAGCAGGACGAUGGUUUUGGAGGUGGUGGCGGUCACAAAAAAACUCCGAAAAAGCCGCUGGCAACGAACGAAACGCUGACCGCGUAUCGCGUGAUUGAAUUCGGUCUGCUGAUUAAAAAAUCGAAAGACGAGCUGGAUGAGAAACUACGCAGGGAAGCGUGUAACGUGACGAUUGAUCGGCGCAACGAGGACCAAGCGGUGAAGGUGCCAUUUCAAGUCGACUGUCUCAGCAUGGUGCACCGAACGAAAAAGUUGGACAAGUGCUUCGACAACAUGGUGGAAAGCGUCGACUGUUCGCUGGGUUUGAUUGAGGCCGCAUUGCUCGAGCAACUACGCCACCAGCAGCGAUUGUACGUAUCCAAGUGCUUCCACAUGCUACCAAGAGAGCUCGGACACUUUGUGACCUGCGUGUACCCGGUGGGAGAUGAAGUGAGCGAAUUGGAUUCGUUCCUGCAACGCCAACGGGAGAGGAUGCACAAGCAAUUUCUGCUUAAACGAACUCGCCCAUGCUUCCGGAAGGGAAACACAUACCAAUUCCAAGCGAGCAAAUUGCUCAUCAACCCUCAUCAGACUCUCGCCGUGCCACACCCUAAUGGGAGAACGGCCCUGGUAGACGGUGUUUACACGUACCACCACUACAUGCAGGACGAAUUCGACGACAAAGGCUGGGGAUGUGCGUACCGGUCGCUGCAAACGCUCGUCUCGUGGUUCAAUCUGCAGGGAUACAGCGGAAAGCCGUCAAUUCCAACGCACAAGGCCAUACAGGAAUGCCUGGUACGCGUAGGGGAUAAGCCGGCGAAUCUGGUCGGUUCUCGCCAGUGGAUCGGUUCCACCGAGGUGUCGAUUUGCUUGAACGAACUGCUGGGAAUUGAUUCGCGCAUCAUGUGCGUCACGCAUGGCAGUGAGAUGGUGGAUUAUGGUCCGCAGCUGCUGCAUCACUUCCAGCUGGAAGGUACGCCGAUCAUGAUCGGUGGAGGCGUGCUUGCGCACACCAUUCUCGGCGUCUCGAUGAACGAGGAAAUGGGCGACACGAAGUUCCUCAUCCUGGAUCCGCAUUACACGGGUGCAGACGAGUUGGGUCCGGUGCUGGGGAAAGGGUGGUGCGGUUGGAAAGGAGGAGACUUUUGGGACAAAACGGCACGCUACAACCUGUGCAUGCCGCAGUGUCCGCGUCGGUGUUAGUAACGGGACUGCACAAGAUGCGCUGGUUCCGGUGUGAUUUAAUUCGGUUUUCAAUAUUGUUAACGUAUUUUUUUUAUCAGCCACUUAUUUUCCUUUUACAUCCUUAACCACUCGAUUGACCCAUGGAAUUAGUUGUUAACUUACGCAUAGACAUACACGGCUCAUUAAAUACUGGAAUAAUAAAUGAUGAUACAAAAAGGUUUGCAAGCACCUUCAU